AUGGCUGAAAUGAGGAAGGGGACUGAGAAACGACACAACCCAGUGGAAAGCAUUCGUAGAAAAAUCAAAGCCAUCCAGAGGAGAGAAGCUGCGUUGGAUCCAGCGCAGCAGAUAGGUAAGUACCGCACCAGCAGUUUUGAGAGUCCAUGGGUCCACAGCAAGAAGCUGGCGGCUUGCUUUCCAGUGCCCACCUCGCCUCUUGCAAGUUUGGACAAAUUUGCCGCCUUCAUUUCUUGUCCGGAAGUGGCAUCUCCAGGGACACCAGUCCUGCCUGCUUUCAGCACUCCUGAGAGUGAAAUGUCCUCUGUCCAUCCCCCACGUUUCAAGAACAGCUCGGAGUGGGCAUUAAGCACCAAGUGCAGACACCUGCCUGGGCUGGCACAAAGAAGAGACAAGCUCCUCUUGGAUGAGGACUUGGACAGUUGCUGCACUGAAAGAAGUUCCAGUACCUUUGUAAUUGACCCUGGUUCUGCUUCUGGUCAAAACCCUGAGUGUUGGAGUCCUCAGGAGUUGGUGGUGAUGCGGUUAUCUCUGAAUGUUGAUGCUAAACAUUCAUCUGUUAACAUCGGUGCUUCCAAAUGGAAACCGGGAGGUGAUGAUGGCAGAGAUGUUGUCACCAGCAGCACCCCAAAGACCUGUGAGGACCAGCAGCUGGCUGGUAUUUUUCGUGCAUGGGACAUAGCCCACAGAGGUUUUGUUCAUAGAUCCUUGUGUGCAGGAAAUGAGGAAAGCUGCUGUAAGCUGUUUGAUGUACGAGUUUCAGAUAUUAAGGAGCAAGAAGAGUCUGAUUUGAUAGACUACAUGGCACCGCUACAUUUCAACAAGCGAAAGUUGGAAGAGGAAAAUCGUAAGUUUAAAUUGGCAAUAGAAACCUUGGAAGAAGCCAAGGGGCAGUUGUCAGAGGAGUGUGCUGAGCGACGCUUUCAGGCGAAAAGUGCACACUAGCCUAUUAUGAGACUAAAUCUGUUAAAAGAAGAACUGGAAGAACUGAAAAUUAGUAUGAAUGCUGCAGAAGAACAGAAGACCGUGCUCGAGGCCAGAACAAACACUUAG